CCGAAAAAGAGUCCACAUUGUAUUAUAGGAGAGUGUACAUUUUAUUAAAAUAGUAUUUAUGAUAACUGUCUGUUCAGUAAUGGAAAAUUAUAUCUGCAGCUUCUGCUUUGGGAGAGGGAGAUAAUUAUAUACCAGAUUAGUUGAAAAUCUAUGGUAACCUUUUCUAUAGGCAAACCUGUAACGCCCAGUAAUGGGUAUACCACAAAUCUUUGGUUGUACAGUAUCACCACAGAUAGAACAAUGAUAACAUCUUUGUUAUUAUAUUAUCUGGUGUAUAAUUUGUAGCUCGGUUUCUCGAUGCUCUCAAAAAUAAGAGGUUGAUGUAAAUCAGACUUCGUCCAGCUGACGGCGAUAAACAAUUCACUGAUUCCAUAAAAUUCUUGAAAAAGGCACGAGCAGUCGAUGGUCGAGUACAUACCCGCCAAAUUCGAAUAUGGAUUUUAGUAAAUGUAGCUAACACACUAUCGCGGAGUUUUGCCAUCAGUUAUUGUGAAUGGUUUGCUAGUAGCAAAGCUACUUGUCUGAAAAGAUUCAACAUGAAUACGAAGGGAAAGGAAUCUGUCGAUUGCUCAAUGCAGCAUCAACAAAUAACCCACAGUGGUGAUAGUGACUCGAUCAAAGUGUUUGUGCGGGUGAGACCUCUGACCCAGGGGACUGGCCUGACCACUGAUGGAGACCAAGGCCUCUGUCUCACAGUCACCUCUCCCAACACCAUUCGCCUGCACUCCAAGCCGGAGCCACGGACAUUCACCUAUGACCAUGUUGCUGACAUGGACAUCACUCAGGAUUCUGUAUUCUCCAGUGUGGCCAAGAACAUUGUUGAGUCAUGUAUUAAUGGAUACAAUGGCACCAUUUUUGCCUACGGACAAACUGGCUCUGGAAAAACAUUCACGAUGCUUGGUCCGUCUGAUUUCGACAACUUUACUGAUGACCAACGGGGGGUUAUCCCUCGAAGUUUUGAGUACCUGUUUUUCCUUAUCAACAGGGAGGUAGAAAGGUCUGAGAAUGCCAAAAGCUUCCUGUGCAAAUGCUCCUUCAUUGAGAUCUACAACGAGCAGAUCUAUGACCUGCUGGACAGCGCCUCAGCCAGCCUGUUCCUCAGAGAGAACAUCAAGAAGGGGGUGUUUGUGGAAGGGGCUGUAGAGAAGUUUGUCACUUCAGCUGCUGAAGCUUACCAGGUGCUGUCGAUGGGCUGGCGUAAUCGGCGCGUGGCCUCUACCUCCAUGAACAGAGAGUCCUCACGGUCCCAUGCAGUCUUCACCAUGACUCUGGAGUCCAAGGAGACUGCUAAGGAGGUGGUGAACAUUCGCACAUCCCAGCUGAACUUGGUGGACCUGGCAGGGUCGGAGAGGCAGAGAGACACACACACAGAGGGUUCCAGACUCAAGGAGGCAAGCAGCAUCAACCGCUCCCUCGUGAUCAUGACACUGGUGGAUGAGUCCAAUGGGAAGAGCCGGCAUAUCUGCUACAGGGACUCCAAACUCCCCUUCUUGCUUUGGGCCCUGAUCAACGAAGACAUGCAUGGGAACGUGAGGCAGCUACAGGCUGAGGCGGGAGUGGGAGCAGCCCCUGGGGCAGCAGCGGUCCCUGCAGGAUGCCUUUGACCAGAUCCAGGCCGAGGCCAAGUUUGAGGCAGACCAGUCCAGGCAGCAGCUAGAGGACAAUCAGCAGGACAUCAUAGCUCAGCAGGCCCAAAUCACUGUCAGUCAGCUCCUUUUUAAACCAACCAAGCCCGCUUCUCUGUUAAGGACAUUCAGAGCCUACCUGUCUCAUUUGUAUGAAAUUACAGUUUAACCCCUAUGGAGGAUUGAGUGUGAUUAGUUUUUAUUGAUGAAUAUGUUGGUUGAAUUGUAGGAAUUGACAAAAGCUUUUCAGUCUGAAAGAACACACAAACCAAUAUGACCGCCCAGUUGAGAGAGGCUAGAGAGAGCACUUUAGAGUGAGUGGGUAUAAAGGCGUAUUUUCUAUUUGUGCAUGAUGAGACCUUUUUGAAGUGUAUUUUAAAUGUUUUGUUGACAUGUUUGAUUUGUUUCUCCCCAGAGAGCUUGUUCAGAAUAUGGAGCAGAAUGUAGUGCUAAAGAAGCAAGUGUCUGAAUGGACUACACAAAACCAAAAACAGACCUGUCAUUCAUUCAUUGUUAUUGUGUACAUGGUGGUUAAUGUAGUGUUUUAUUUAUAUUUCUUAGAAAUUGUUAUCACUAGUAUGUGUUUUUAGUUUUGUCAAAUACAGUUAAACUAUUUGACAUAAUUGGAUCUUAAUCUCCAAUCAACUGUAAUUGGCCCGGUCUUCGUUUGUAUUUUUACUUUGAAAGACUUCCAAUAUGGCAAGCCUUGAACCAAAUCUGACAACUGCCAAUGGGACCAUAUCCAGCCUUGAGAAAAAGUUUGAACAAGAAAAACUGAUCAACCAGGCCAUGGACCUCUGCAGUAAGCUGGGCCUGGUAGGAUCAGGGCCUUGCCAUGCUGUCUGCAGGUGUCAAGGACCUUACGGAUAUGUACAAUGCUCCUUGCACCGAGAUAGAGGAGCUCAAGGAACACAACUCCAGGAUGCAAGCAGAGCUCCAGGACCAGAGAGAAGCAGCAGAAAGGAAGGUAGCUUCUAAUCAGAGAGGUGGUGGUGUUACAGGAGGAGUUGGUCUAUGCCACUGAGGAGGUGGAGCGACUCACCAAGGUGUUAGAUGAGCAGGCAGGUCUUCUCCAAGCUUCACAAGAUCAGACUGCCCAGAAGGAGGCUACCACUCUCCAGGGGAAGUUCAAACAUCAGCAAGAGGCGGUUGAGAGGACUGUCAGAGGGAACUCUGUCUGAUCAAGAGAGGGUUUAAUCACUUAUCUGGUUGAUUUAUCUGUCGGACACCUCACACCCCCUGAAGCUUCAACCCUGACCUGAGUCUGGUGGUGGAGAGCCAGGAGAAGGAGCUGGAGAGCUGACGCUGCUCCAUGAUGACUAUGGAGGUGCCCCCCACUGAGCUUAACUAUGAAAGGACCGCCAAGAACGAAGAGAUCCAGAAGCUCAAGGGUCAGCUGAAUGAGAAGGAAAUGGUGCGAAUGGAGAUUCAAGCUGUUCUUGACGAGUUCUACGCCAAGCAGAACCAACUGGCUCAGAAUGGGAACACAAAUGGGGAUGUUUUAAAUGAGGCCAUUCAUCAGAAUGUCUUGAGAGAGCUGCAGGAGGAGAGGAGUGCAAUGAGAAUAGUCAUACAGAGGCUCACUGAGGCUCAUGAAAGACUGACGAGUCAGGGAUCCCUGUUGGCCCAGCCUCAGACCAGUGUCCAGGAGCUGAGGAACCACUGCCUAGAGGUGAGCCGAAAGGAGCGAGACCAGGAGUGACUGC